AUGGCCCAGCCAAGUCUGUACCAGGCAGGCCUUUCUGACUUCAAGAGAGCGGCACAAAGUCGCGUCAAGGACAAUAAGGAUCAGCAGAGAAUCAAUGGAAGUCCCACUGAUGCUCGUCAAAGUGGACUCGCACUCAAAGACGACGCGGGUCAGAAAUACGGUCAAGCAAAGAUUGGCGGCAAAAAGAUUGAUCCAUCAUGGAUCAGCAACAUCCUCGACAAUAUACACACCUUCGUCCAGGUCGGCGACUUCGUGAUGACCAAGGCACCGGAAUCUGUAGCCACUGCCUGGUUCGCUAUCAGUCUCGGCCUCGGAGCAAUUCAGAACAACUUACGCGCUCUACGGUCUAUUUGGAAGCGGGCUUCAAGAUAUGACUGA